AUGUACGAGGACUGCGUGAAGUCCACAGAAGACUAUUACCUCUUCUGUGACAAUGAGGGGCCAUGGACCAUCGUUCUGGAGUCCUUGGCGGUGAUUGGCAUAGUGGUUACAAUAUUGCUGCUCCUGGCAGUCCUCUUCCUCAUGCGGAGAGUGCAGGACUGCAGCCAGUGGAACGUGCUUCCCACACAGUUCCUCUUCCUGCUCGGUGUGCUGGGGCUCUUUGGACUUGCUUUUGCCUUCAUCAUCCAGCUCAACCAACAAACCGCCCCUGUCCGCUACUUCCUCUUUGGGGUUCUCUUUGCUAUCUGUUUCUCCUGCCUCUUGGCUCACGCUUCCAAUCUGGUGAAGCUGGUCCGCGGUAGAGUCUCCUUCUGCUGGACAACAAUCCUGUUUAUUGCUAUUGGUGUCAGCCUGUUGCAGAUCAUCAUUGCCAUAGAGUACGUGACCCUCAUCAUGACAAGAGGGUCGAUGUUCGUGCACAUGACACCCUGUGAGCUCAACAUAGACUUUGUCUGUCUCCUGAUCUAUGUCCUCUUCCUGAUGGCCCUCACGUUCUUUGUUUCCAAGGCCACCUUCUGUGGCCCGUGUGAGAACUGGAAGCAGCACGGGAGGCUCAUCUUUGCCACUGUGCUGAUCUCCAUCAUUAUCUGGGUGGUGUGGAUCUCCAUGCUCCUGAGAGGCAACCCUCAGCUCCAGCGACAGCCGCAGUGGGACGACGCGGUCAUUUGCAUUGGCCUCGUCACCAACGCCUGGGUCUUCCUGCUGCUGUAUAUCAUCCCCGAGCUGUGCAUCCUCUACAGAUCAAGUAGGCAGGAGUGUCCUCCGCAAGGCAACGUCUGCCAGGUCCCAGUCUACCAGCGCAGCUUCAGGAUGGAGAACCAGGAGCUCUCCAGAGCCCGAGACAGUGACGGAGCUGAGGAGGAUGUAGCUCUAACUGCACAUGGUACUCCCAUUCAGCUGCAGACUGUUGAUCCCAGUCAGGAGUAUCUCAUCCCACGAGCUACACUCAGCCCACAGCAAGAUGCGGGAUUAUAG